UCAAUUCUCAAUCUCAACUCAACCAACUUAGUUUGCUUCACCACAUUUUUUUUUAUCUUACCCCACAAAACCCAAACCAUUUCAUUUCAACCUCAUAGCACUUCCCAUCAUCAUCCCAAACCAUGGCAUGCUCAGCUACUACUACCUCUGCUUCUUCUCUCUUCUCAUCUCUAAACCCUAAAUCCUCACUUUUCUCUCCCAAAUUACCCUCUUCUUCUACUCUCUCUAUCCCCAAUUCUCUUCCUAAACCAUUCUCUCUCCCUUCACUUUCCUUCACUCGCCCCUCGCUUCAUCAUUCUUCUCGCCGUAGUAGCUUUCUUGUUAAAGCCUCUAGUGAGCUUCCAUUGGUUGGAAAUGCAGCACCUGAUUUUGAAGCAGAGGCUGUUUUUGAUCAAGAGUUUAUCAACGUCAAACUCUCUGACUACAUUGGGAAGAAGUAUGUUAUCCUCUUUUUCUACCCAUUGGACUUCACCUUUGUUUGCCCAACAGAAAUCACUGCUUUCAGUGACCGACAUGCAGAGUUUGAGGCAAUAAAUACCGAGAUUUUGGGUGUUUCAGUGGACAGUGUGUUCUCGCAUCUUGCAUGGGUUCAAACAGAUAGAAAGUCAGGCGGCCUUGGUGACUUGAAUUAUCCUCUGGUUUCCGAUGUCACCAAAUCCAUAUCAAAAUCUUACGGUGUUCUCAUUCCUGAUCAGGGAAUUGCAUUGAGAGGAUUGUUCAUUAUUGACAAGGAAGGGAUUAUUCAGCACUCUACCAUCAACAACUUGGGAAUUGGUAGAAGUGUUGAUGAGACAAAGAGAACACUACAGGCCUUGCAGUAUGUGCAGGAGAACCCAGAUGAAGUUUGCCCUGCUGGAUGGAAGCCUGGGGAGAAGUCCAUGAAACCAGACCCAAAACUUAGCAAAGAUUACUUUGCUGCGGUGUAACGUGAAUGCCAGUUAAGAGUAGCCAUGUGCAUCUGUAUCAAUUUGUGAGUUAUAAAAGAGUAUCAUGUAAUAUUAGUCCUCAAAUUUAAAACCUCAAGGUGGUAAUAAUUGCACACUGGUGUUUUGGAUUUUGUAUUGUACUAUGUAUUUAUAAUAAUUUGCAAUUUCUUUUGAUUA